CGCGGGGAGGGAGCGCUGCGUUGCGUUGCGCUGCGCAUCGCGGCCCGCUCGCUGCCUGCCCCCUGCCCGAGCGGGGCCACCUCCCCGGCCGCCGGCGGAGGGCUACGAGGCGCUAACGUAACGCUGUUUCCGGUUUUCCAGCGGGCUCUGUUUCCCCUCCCAAGGCGGCGGCGGCGGAGUGGCGGAGCCCCCCAAAUGGCCUGGCCAGAUGCGGCAGGUUUGCUGCUCAGCGCUGCCGCCGCCGCCGCCACCACCACUGGAGAAGGCUCCGUGCAGCAGCCACAGCGACAGCAGCAACACAAGCAGCAGCAGCGAGACGAGCAGCAGCAGCGGCGAGAGAGGCAGCGGCAGCAGCAGCAGGAUCAGGAGCAGCAACAGCAUCUCCCGUCCCGCUGCGCCCCCAGAGCCGCAGCCGCAGCCCCGCAGCCCCGCAGCCCGGAGAGCCGCCGCCCGCCCGCGAGCCACAGCCGCCGGCGGCAUGAGGCGCGACCCGGCCCCCGGCUUCUCCAUGCUGCUCUUCGGUGUGUCGCUCGCCUGCUACUCGCCCAGCCUCAAGUCGGUGCAGGACCAGGCGUACAAGGCACCCGUGGUGGUGGAGGGCAAGGUCCAGGGGCUGGCUCCGGCCAGCGGCGCCAGCUCCAACAGCACUCGCGAGCCGCCCGCCUCGGGUCGAGUGGCGCUGGUGAAGGUGCUGGACAAGUGGCCGCUCCGGAGCGGGGGGCUGCAGCGCGAGCAGGUGAUCAGCGUGGGCUCCUGCGCGCCGCUCGAGAGGAACCAGCGCUACAUCUUUUUUCUGGAGCCCACGGAGCAGCCCUUAGUCUUUAAGACUGCCUUUGCCCCCCUCGACACCAACGGCAAAAACCUCAAGAAGGAGGUGGGCAAGAUCCUAUGCACUGAUUGCGCCGCCCGGCCCAAGCUGAAGAAGAUGAAAAGCCAGACGGGACAGGUGGGUGAGAAGCAAUCCCUGAAGUGCGAGGCAGCAGCCGGCAACCCCCAGCCCUCCUAUCGCUGGUUCAAGGACGGCAAGGAGCUCAACCGCAGCCGCGACAUUCGCAUCAAGUACGGCAAUGGCAGAAAGAACUCACGACUUCAGUUCAACAAGGUGAAGGUGGAGGAUGCUGGAGAGUACGUGUGCGAGGCCGAGAACAUCCUGGGGAAGGACACCGUCCGUGGCCGGCUCCAUGUCAACAGCGUGAGCACCACCCUGUCAUCCUGGUCGGGGCAUGCCCGCAAGUGCAACGAGACAGCCAAGUCCUAUUGUGUCAAUGGAGGUGUCUGCUACUACAUCGAAGGCAUCAACCAGCUUUCCUGCAAGUGUCCUGUGGGAUACACCGGGGACAGGUGUCAGCAGUUCGCAAUGGUCAACUUCUCCAAGCACCUUGGAUUUGAAUUAAAGGAAGCUGAGGAGCUGUACCAGAAGAGGGUCCUGACCAUCACCGGCAUCUGCGUGGCCCUACUUGUGGUGGGCAUUGUCUGUGUGGUCGCCUACUGCAAAACAAAAAAACAGCGGAAGCAGAUGCAUAACCACCUCCGGCAGAACAUGUGCCCAGCCCACCAGAACCGGAGCUUGGCCAACGGGCCCAGCCACCCCCGACUGGACCCCGAGGAGAUCCAGAUGGCAGACUACAUCUCCAAGAAUGUGCCAGCCACAGACCACGUCAUCCGGAGGGAAACUGAGACCACCUUCUCUGGGAGCCACUCCUGCUCUCCUUCUCACCACUGCUCCACAGCCACGCCCACCUCCAGCCACAGACACGAGAGCCACACAUGGAGCCUGGAGCGAUCUGAGAGCCUGACCUCUGACUCCCAGUCGGGCAUCAUGCUGUCAUCAGUGGGCACCAGCAAGUGCAACAGCCCCGCGUGUGUGGAGGCCCGCGCUCGGCGGGUGGCAGCAUACAGCCUGGAGGAGGGGCGCAGGGCCACCAUGCCACCCUACCAUGACUCCGUGGACUCCCUGCAUGACUCCCCACACAGUGAGAGGUACGUGUCGGCCCUGACCACGCCCGCGCGUCUCUCGCCCGUGGACUUCCACUACUCGCUGGCGACACAGGUGCCAACCUUCGAGAUCACAUCACCCAACUCAGCGCACGCCGUUUCGCUGCCCCCGGCCGCGCCUAUCAACUACCGCCUGGCGGAGCAGCAGCCGCUCCUGCGGCACCAGGCACCCCCCGGCCCCGGGCCAGGGCCCGGGCCCGGCGGCGCGGACAUGCAACGCAGCUACGACAGUUACUACUACCCCGCCCCGGGGCCCGGGCCUCGGCGCGGGGCCUGCGCACUGGGCGGCAGCCUGGGCAGCCUGCCCGCCAGCCCCUUCCGCAUCCCGGAGGACGACGAAUACGAGACCACGCAGGAGUGCGCGCCCCCGCCCCCGCCGCGGCCACGCGCGCGCGGUGCGUCUCGCAGGACGUCGGCGGGGCCCCGACGCUGGCGCCGCUCGCGCCUCAACGGGCUGGCGGCGCAGCGCGCACGCGCGGCGCGGGACUCGCUGUCGCUGAGCAGCGGCUCGGGCUGCGGCUCGGCCUCGGACGACGACGCGGACGACGCGGACGGGGCGCUGGCUGCCGAGAGCACGCCUUUCCUCGGCCUGCGCGCGGCGCACGACGCGCUGCGCUCGGACUCGCCGCCGCUGUGCCCGGCGGCCGACAGCAGGACUUACUACUCCCUGGACAGCCACAGCACACGGGCCAGCAGCAGACACAGCCGCGGGCCGCCGCCGCGGGCCAAGCAGGACUCGGCGCCCCUCUAGGGCCCGUCGCCCUGCCGCCUCGCCGCCUGCCGGCCCGCCCGCGCGCCCCACUGUCUGGACGGAGACAGAGACCACCGACCGGAGAGAGCAAGGAGGGCAAAACAGAAAUAAAAAUAUUUUUAUUUUCUAUAAAAGGAAAAAAGUAUAACAAAAUGUUUUAUUUUCAUUUUAGCAAAAAUUGUCUUAUAAUACUAGCUAACGGCAAAGACGUUUUUAUAGGGAAACUAUUUAUAUGUAACAUCCUGAUUUACAGCUUCAGAAAAAAAAGAAACAAAAAAAAAAGAGAGAUGGGCCAAUUUUUUGACUCUUUAAUAGAAACCUACAUUGUGGUGCCUUUUGCUGUACGCUAUUCUGGGGCUCCUGGAGAGAAGUCUAGGCUGCUCGAAGUUGGAUAGGGGUGGAUCCCAAGUUGGUGGGGAAUGAGCAAAAGGAGGGAAAGCGGGGGUUGGAGAGUGAGACUCAGAGGUCAAAAGUUGUUCCCCGCCCCCUCCGGCCAGAUCUGGAGUCCUGGGCCCCCUGCGAGGAGAGGGCAGGAUCCUAAGCUUAGAAUUAAAAUUGGUGUCAGGGAGAGACAAAGGCCCAGCGACAGCAACCAGAAUGGGGAGGGACCCUUCCCACUCCUCACAGCUGCUAAAAGAGAACAGAUAAAGAGGUUUCCCCAACAGCCCCGGCCCAGGGAGGGGGUAGCUCUGUCAGGGGCCCAAUGUUCACGGCUCCUCCUCCCCUCCGGCCUCCAGGACGCCCUCUGUCCUCUGCAGCACCUUCGUUUACAGGCCGUCUUUUCUAUUUUAUGCCUGCAUGUCCUUUGCAUUUCAGAUUCUUUAGAUUGGAUGCAUGGUCACGCUGGGACCGAGAAGAGCCACUCCACAGUGUAUUCUAUUCCCCUUUAGCAAUAAAAUUACAUCAUUUCCUUCUCACAGCCAGGCCCCAAUCCACCUAUGACUUCCGUUCCUUCUCCAGUCUUGACCUCCCCAACCCUAAAACUGGAUCCAAUGCUAAUUUGUCACAAAAAAGAAAAAAAGGCAAUUGUUUAAAAACAGUAAUUCCCUAACAGAAACAAAUGGGAACCCUGCCCUGAAAUGUCGGAACACCUGACUGUUGACACUUGAACAUUUUUAUAUUAUAAAUAAAAUCAGAAAUACCUGC